UCAACCCCCGCCUGCCCGAGCGGGGCGGCUCUGGGCAGCCGUCGCCAGAGCCGGCGGCGGUGGCAGCAGCGGCAAACAGCGGCGGCAGCAUGGGGCUGGAGCUGUACCUGGACCUGCUGUCGCAGCCCUGCCGCUCCAUCUACAUCUUCGCCCGCACCAACAACAUCCCCUUCGAGUUCAAGCACGUGGAGCUCUUCAAAGACUCGGUGCUGGGGAAGAAGCCGGCGGCGGCGAGCAGCGCGGAGCAGCCCCGCACAGGGCCAUCAAAUAGUGAAGGGGCUAGCAAAAUCAGCCUCUUGAAGAAAGUACCAGCACUAAAGGAUGGAGAUUUCACCCUAGCAGAAUGCACUGCCAUUCUGCUGUAUCUAAGUCGAAAGUACAACACUCCUGACCACUGGUACCCAUCAGACAUACAAAAACGGGCCCAGGUAGAUGAAUACCUCUCAUGGCAUCAUGCUAACAUCCGGGCUAAUGCUCCUAAGACCAUGUGGAUCAAGGUGCUGAUUCCUCUCUUCACAGGGCAGCCACUGCCCUCAGAGAAGCUCCAGGAGGUUAUGGAGGGGCUCUCCACUUCCCUGAAGCAAUUUGAGGAGAGGUUUCUGCAGGACAAGGCUUUUAUCAUCGGGAAUGAGAUCUCUCUGGCAGAUCUUGUGGCCAUUGUGGAGUUGAUGCAACCUGUUGGUGUUGGUUGUGACGUCUUUGAAGACAGACCUAGACUGAUGGAGUGGCGCAGGCGGGUGGAGGAAGCUGUGGGGAAAGAGCUUUUCUUCCAAGCCCAUGAGAUGAUCCUGAAUAUCAAAGAACUGAGCAACAUUCAAAUUGAUCCACAGCUGAAAGAGCAUCUGGCGCCGAUGUUGAUGAAGAUGUUGAAAUGAAUUAACCUAUGUUACCAUUUUUCCUGCCCCUUUUUUUUAAAAAAAAAAAAAAAAAAGCAAACUUCUCUGAUAUCCAGCUCUACAUGUAACUGGAAAGAGCACUGUAAUUCUUACACAGAAAUUGCAGGGUGUCCUCUGCUACUUCACCAAGACUUCCCUGCAUCUUUGGGGGUGGUGGCUGGGGAAGUUUUAAGACGUGAAACAUUAAAUUUGUACAAAAGGCUGAGGCCCUAUGGGUCACUUAGUAUGUGCAUCUAGGUUGUAUUUUAGUGUCAGUCUUCUCAGAGAUGGUGGAGAUAUGAAUGGUGUUUUCUGACAAAAUUUAAGCCAGCCUGCAAACUGGAGCAUCAGAGAACUGUACAGGAUGAGGAUCAUUGUUUUCAUGUAUUUGUAACAUUUGCAGCUAAGUGGCAAGCACUGCAAAGCGUACCUGAUCCUCGCUUUCCCAGCGUGUGUCUCUGCCUGGACAAAACUACAGGUAGUCACAAAAAUGAAAAAAGACAUCAAAUUUUUCUUGGAAAGUUUCUUAUUGCUGGAGCAUGUUGCUUGGCCACCCAUGUACAUUCCAUACUUCUGUUUGCCUUUAGGAUCCUAUGAGAAGUUUAUUCAUAUUCAUCUAUAACUGUGAAUCUUUGUAAUUCUUUAGUUUAACCACAAAUCUCCAAUUCUGAAAGUUGGGUUUUGUAGGUGCUAGGUCUGUCAGUACAUGUGUGGCAGGGCAAUUCUUGGGAGAUCUGUAUAGUAAAGACCAAGCAACCUCAAAAAGCUGAGGGUGGCCACAGCCUUCAAAUAACUGCCUACCUAAAUACUCUGUUGGUAUUAUAUAGGAAAUACACUGAAAGAAUGCAUUCACAUUCUUUCAUUUUUUGAAAGAGAACAUGACUGCAAUCAAUUUUUGUUUGUUUUGUUGUUUGUUGUUGUUUGUCUUUUCCUGUGGUAAUAGUGCAAUAGCAAUCCACAUUCCUCCUAGAAAAUGGAGAGGAGGAAUAAAUCCAGACAUGCUCUUCUGAGAUUGUUUUGGAUGGAAGUUCACCAAGUCACCCUGUGCAAGCUGAAGUAAUAAGAUUUUGUGGCAUUGAGCAACGUAUGCAUCACAAUAAUAUAGGGCAGAGAGUUGUUUUGGAGCUUCAGGGCUCUUUUUCUUGGCUGCGUUUACUUCAGAUUAGUUGUAGCUCAAAUAUAAAAAUCUUUUGUAUUGCAGCACAAUUUAAGUAAAAUAACAAUUUCUAGUGUCUUCAGUUGAAAGUAACAAGUAGUGAAGGAUGCAAAAACUGGUGGAAUAUCUCCGCAUACUUCCAUUCACAAAUAGCUGCUGCUCUUGAACCUUACCCUGAAAUCUUUGCCCAAGAGCUCUUUCUGGAAGGAAUGAAGACAAAAUGAGUAAAUAAUUUGGGAACUGCUUCUCUCAGUAACAGAAUAGCUUCUUUUCUUUCCAAUACUAACAUGUCUUGGCUAGUCACAUAUCUGCUGAGUUCUCUACAACCUGAUAUGUUUUGGUGAUGUUUUUCUAUAAGGUUUCAGUUCUGGAUUAUAUGGAUUUAGUCCAGAGCCGAGGGACAUCUUCAAAUUUCCAACUGGAAAGAGAAUUCUGUUACAUAUUUGAGCUUUCACUAGCAGAAAAUUUCAUUUUGUGAUGAUGUUCUCUAUAAGAACAAGAGAACUGACUGAAGUCUCUCUUUUCAUGAACCAAAAACAUUAGAAACAGGCAUGCAUUUAUUCUCACUUUCCCAAACAUUGGCUGAAUAAUAUGUUUUAACUUAUGUUUUAUUCACAAAUAUUGUCUAUAACUGAGUUAAAUUUUAAAUGGGAAGUGGUUGACUUUUGAACUUUGAGAGUGGAAUUUCUAAGUGAUGACACAUACAGAUGUCUACAAGUGGAAAGAAAAACAACAGGAUUUUCCAAAGGCUGAGCAGGAUGGAGACUACUUGCUGCUGUGCUGUCAUCCCUCUUGGUUUAUCACCCUGCAAACUUUUCAGUCAUCUGCUCCAAGACAGAAACAAUAAAACAAAUGUCUUUAGUUUAAUAAAAACUCUGGGAUUCUGGGUUGUGCCCUGAGGCCACGGACAAUUUGCCACUCACAUUGCUCAUCAAGAGCAAAGGACAAAGCAUAUCAUUAAAAAUGGUUGUAGCAGACCCUCA